GCCAAUCCCUGUCUUUCUAUCCGUUUUGGUUUGUUUCUCUCACCUCCUUGAAUUCUUCCUCCUCUCUCUCUCUCUCUCUCUCAUCAUUUUUUUCUUCUGGGUUUCUACCUCUCUUUUUUUUUCUCGGGCAGUGAACUUUAGGAGCUGAGUUUUGUUGUGUGCAGCUUUCCUUGAUUGGUUUCGUUUCUUUCAGUUCGAGAGAAACUUACCGACACCUGAGAUGUCAUGGUGGCGGCCAAUCAUGUAUUGCCGUGACUUUUUCUCGCUUCAUGUGAUUGACUCAGAAUACGUUGGCAUCCCAGGGACUUCCUGGACACAGCUUGAAUUACUUGAUUUUGGCAUCUUCAAAUUUGAUUCUGGUAAAAGCACUUUCUUGAAGUCAUUCAAGUUCAUGGAUGUUGGAGAAACAAAAUGUUCCUAUGGAAAGCCUCCAUGGAUAUUCAGAGGCAGCGCGUUGUAUCAGCUCCAUCUUGUCAAAGCAGCAACUGUUCGAGCAUGCAUCCCGAAAGAGUUCAGACUAGUUGAAGCAUUUGGGUACACUCUUGGUGGCUUCUUUCUUGCCAAGUAUGAUGACAGUCCAGUUGGAAUCUUUGAUGAGCUCGUUGUGAUCGCUGGACUUGUUUGGAGCCCACCAACAUCUUGCGCCUGGGCAGCUAAGGUGCUUGUGAAUAGUGAUGAAGCUUGUGACCAUGGACGAAAGGAAGUAGGCCUUCCAAGUCAAGUUGCGAGGUUUUCGAAGAGGAUUACAGCAGUUUCAAGGCAACCAAAGAGCAAAAACAUUGGAUUUCUUAGUGUAAUUGGUAGCAGUGCUGCUUUCUGUGAUCCAAAAGAUUGUAUGGAAGUUCAAGUGACCGAAAUCAAGGCUUCAUCGGUUAAAGAUUCCUUUAAUUUCAACCUUACUACUUUCGUGCCUGAAUCGAAUGGUGGGUGGAGGGGGCCGGCGAUCAAAUUGUCACUUCCAAGUUUUAGCGGUGGCACAGAAUAUUAUCCCAACCUUCUCAAGUACUCUUGCCGGAUUGAGUGCAGUGUGCUACCUGAUCGAUUUCUGAUAGGGUACGAGCAGUGCAUCCAGCAAAAGUAUCAGGACCAUCUCCGAUGCCAAAGACCGAGACAAGACAAUCAUCAGAAAUCCAUACUAGCAGUACAAAGAACCACGCAACUGAAGAACUCGGGGAUAAUGGCAAGAACCUCUGUGAAGCUGUGAUGUUAUCAAAGCCUGUAUUGGCAUUGGAGUUCAGUUGUAUGAAAAUGCAGGUUGAAGCUCCAGUUGUAGUUUCCAACUGCAGGAACUCUUUAGCAACCUCUUGAUCUUGUGUUCUUGUGUUGAGUUAUAUAAUAUUCCAACUUUUAUCUUUUGGAGUGCUGUAAUUUUUUUUUUUUAAUAUCAAACAGAUCAAUUAUUUGAAAC